UUGCAGUUUUUCCGGAUGCUACGUUCAAUAGUGGAUAUUGCUAGGGAGGAAUGUCUAAAGCGAAGUCAAUGUAAAGUCGAGAAAUACCGUAAUUCCAUGCAGAGGUUUGGAGCUUCAGACAGUGACAUCAACCGAGUGACUGGUAAUUUGAUUGAAAGGAACCAAGAACUGGCUGAUUUAUUACACGACAUUGAGUCGCUAGAAGAAAGGUUGAAGGAAUUGGAAGAAAAGGAUUUGGAACAGAAAUUACUCCACUUCAAGGAAUUAGAUGGUGUCCUCGAAGAAAGCAAUUCAAAAGAAAAUAUUUCAUCUGGAUGUGAUUUGGAUGGUACUUUAAAAUCAGAGCCGAUAUCAUGGGACGGUAAUCAAAUGCAGUCCAAUCGACGAAGAUACAGUCUCCUUGUUUCGCAAUUAAAAAAGUCUUUACGAUUAGUUGAAACUAGUGAAUUCAUUCUGAUCCCAUCGAAAACGCGUGGUCGAAUAGGUCGUCUUGAACUAAACCAGUUGCUAAAAAAAAUUGAUGAAGUUUUUUCGGACAAAUAUGUUUGUCAAAAACGGCCUCCUCUUGCAGUGAAAAAUGCCAAAAAGCAGGAGUGUGAGAAACUGAGAGGACGGUGGUAUGUUGCACUGAAUGAGCUCCUUGUUCGUUUCACAUCAAAAGAAAAAAUUUCCUGGAGAUUUGCGCUACCUUGUUUAAUAUAUCUGAAACGACUGGAAGAAUUACGAAUUGAUGAUAAUAAUCUCUUCAUUGCAGCCGUUCUGUCGUGAUUGUAUCAUUCUUCAAUCUUAUAUUAGGAAGGUUGAAUAUGUCAUCUUCGCUAAUGUAUCAUCUAAAGUUUUUAUCUGCCAGCAACUCUUACAGCUUUCAGCUAUUUACUCUCCUUGUUGACUGCAUAGCUGAGUCAUUUCUUUCUAGUACCAGCAUUAAAUGACGUCCAGGAUUCUUAUGACUUCAAAAGAAACAAAGAUAAAUAAAG